AUGGCAGAAACGUCACACAACCCGUAUCCGCGAUCUCCCAAUCCCUCCACCAGGUCGUACGAUUCGUCAUCGGUCUCGUCCGCAACGUCGCCUCGGCCUCCGUCGCGGUACCUUGGGAGCAUGCUGAAUGCGACAGGAAGACCAAACCCGACGCCACCUCAACCGCUCGGUAUGCCUACGCUGCCCCCCGUGAACCAGGGCUUUCCGCCUUAUACGCCCAUGCCACCAACCUCCAUCAUGGGCCGCGAGUCUGUUGCUUCCACCGACUCUCUGGUAAGCAGUCAAGGCCCUGGUGGCUCCCAACUGUCGGGAACUCCCGGCGCGCAAGGACAAAAGAGGGCCUACCGCCAACGACGCAAAGAUCCCAGCUGCGACGCAUGCCGGGAGAGGAAAGUCAAGUGCGAUGCGACGGAGACUACCAGUUGUUCCGAAUGCUCCAGUCGAAACGUGAAAUGUCAGUUCACAAAGGAAACGAAUCGAAGGAUGUCCUCCAUCAAGCAGGUGCAGGACCUGGAGAAGCAGAUUGAAAAGGUCAAGCGUGACAACAACAAUCUGCGCCGAAUGCUGCAGGAGAGAGAUGGCUCCAUGGACAUUGACGUCGAAUCUAGAGAGCGAGCAUCCUCUCAGUUACCACCGCCCAUCGAGUCCGAGAGCAGACCACGCAAGAGACCGCAGCCAGUUCCCGAUCUCGCCCUGGCAAGGACGAACCUACGAACCUUUUCAAAGGGCAUAUGGAAGCCUCCGGCGCAGCACCGGUUGCCAGCGCCGGCCAUUUUUGAUGCACCUGUGCCUGAGUUGCCCUCACGCCAGGUGGUAGACCAGCUGCUAAGCACCUACUAUGCUUCCGCGCACACAAUGUUUCCCAUCAUUCAUUUGCCGACUUUCAAAGCCAUGGUUGAUGACUUGUACCGACCAAGCCCGCCCCGUAUACAGCCGGCGUUCUUGUGUUUGUUCUUUGCUGUUUUGGCAACCGGUAGCCUGUUUACUGCCGAAGUCCCUGCAACAGCCGCCACCUAUUUCCGACCUGCCGAGCUGCUAGAGUCAGCGCGAAAGGCCAUGGAUCCCUGGUGUAACCAUCAUACUCUCGACGACGCGAGAGCUCUUAUCCUCAUUACCAUUUGUCUGAAUGAGAUGAAUCUGAAAUCAGCAGCAUGGAGCUUUUUGGGCAAUGCCGUGCGUGUUGGGCAGGACCUGGGCCUCUACCUAGACACGGAAACAUGGCCCGUAGUCGAAGGUGAAAUGCGCCGCAGGACCUGGUGGGCUAUUUAUAUCCUCGACAGGGUCAUGGCCACCGAGAUGGGCCAUCCGUUCCUCAUUGACGAUGCAGACUGCAGCGUUGCUUUGCCAGCCGCCGUAGACGACCAAUACAUUCGAGAUGAUGGCAUGAGAGUUCCUGAAGGAGCUGAGCCACUGACCCACUCUCUCUUGGCCGUUAUCCACGUCGUCAGGUCUUACACUUCGAUUUUGAAGACAAUGGAAUCUUCCGCGAUACUGCCGACGCAGCUUGCCAAUUUCGACGCUCAUUUCAAGAAGUGCCUCAACACUUUCCCUCCAGCUUGUGAUCCUACGAGCACUGUGGCUCUUGCGCCUCACUUCUUGGCGCCUCUCACCUAUUUAUUCCAUGCCCGGCUGAUUCUCCACCGUCAUAAUUUGAACCCCGGCUGUGACGUCGAUACCCGCCUCGCUGCCAUUGAGAGCUGCAUGCAUAUUUCUAUAGAGACGGCUUCGUUGCUUAACCGAACGAGCUCUCCAGCUGAUGGCGCUACCUCUCUUUUGGCAGCCCAUAUUUUCCGUUCUACUCUAUUCCUGCUCCUGACGGGAUAUUUGGAUCAUGCCAUUACAUGCAUUCGAGCUCUAGCGGCAAUAGAUGCUCGGCGCGAUAUAGCUACCGCUUGCGGGAGAUAUCUCUCCUUCUUCACUUCUACAUUGAGUGUGAAGCGAGCUGAAUAUUCAAGCCGCAUAGCUAGAACGACUUCGCCUCAUGCCUUCUCAACUGCGCGGUCACCCGUGGAUCCUUCCACCCUUUUGGUUUCAUUAGCUAGAGACGAGGAGCUUUUAGCUUACGUCUCAUCCGACCUCCAUGCUUCACCAUCGAGGUCUUGGGUCUGGACCGAGGGACAUGAUCGUGAUUACCUGCCCCCCAAGACAGAUGCCGCUGUGCCAUCCGGCGGGCUUGGGCAUGCGCUUUUCAACUCAGCAAUGAGAACUGGCCUAAGUGAAGAUGAACGAAGAGAGUGGGGUGGAUGGGCUCAACUGGAAACAGCAGUUCGAGGGCUAGGAUCGACUCAUGCGAUGAAUAACUGGACAACCCUCCCCCCACCUCAGGUGAAGAGGGAAUCCCCGACUCCGGGCAUACCGAGCAUUCAGCGACUCUCAGACGCCCCUCGAUACACGUCGGAAGUUCCAAAAUACGGCGCCGAACCGCCGAGACCCGCUGCUAGCCCCGCUGGUAGAGAUAGAUUGAGCAUUGCAAAUAUUAUAUGA